CCGUGGACGAGCAUAGAAUGAAGUUGCUUGCGGUGUUUGGUGGCUGCUUGGUGGCCUUGGCCUUUGCCAAAGCCGGUUCCUAUCACGAGUACGAGAUGUACACAGUACAUCCGGAAACGCAGGAUCAGCUAUCGGAGCUGCUUCAGUGGCGUUUGAAGGAGGAUGUAGACUUUUGGGACGCUCCGAAACUCAAUCGACAGGCUCGUGUGAUGGUACCUCGGACGAAUCGCAAAGUCGUGACGGACUUUCUCGAUCGACUCGACGUUGAGUACGAUCUUGUGGUGGAAGAUGUCCAAGAACUCCUGGAGAAGGAGCACCGUCGCAAUGCGAACCAUCUGCACCGCACCAGACGAGACUCUAACUCGCAGGCAACGAUCGACUUCGAGCACUUUUGGACGUUGCAGGAAAUCUACGAUUAUCUGGCGGAGCUGGAGCUGGCGUACAGCGACUUGGUGCGCGUAUCGGAUGUGGGCACCACGCACGAAGGAAACCCGAUCAAGGCCAUCACUAUCUCGAAGAACGGAGACGUCGAUCAAAGUCGCCCGAUUGUCUUCAUGGACGGAGGCAUUCACGCUAGAGAAUGGGCCGGUGUGAUGUCCGUAAUGUACAUGAUCCACGAGUUCGUCGAGCACUCAGACCAGUACGCGGCGCAGUUGGAAAACACGGACUACGUUAUCAUACCGGUGCUGAACCCGGAUGGCUAUCGAUACACGCACGAGAAAAACCGGCUGUGGCGUAAAAACCGUUUCCCGAACAACGUGCUCUGCUACGGUGUCGACCUGAACCGCAACUUCCCGUUCCAGUGGGACUGGACGACAAAUGCGUGCUCAAAUACGUUCGCCGGGACCGUGCAAUCCUCGCAAAAGGAGACCCAAGCCAUGAUGGCGCUGCUUGAUCAGUACAAGAGUGCCGUCCGUGUUUAUCUGGCGGUCCAUACGUACGGCGAGAUGAUCCUGUGGCCUUGGGGCUAUGACUUUCUGCACGCACCGAACGGCGAAAAUUUACAGCGGCUCGGCGAACAGGCACGCGAUGCUCUCGUCGCAGCCGGUGGACCAGA